CGGGGGAGGGGGCAGCAUGGCCUGUCCGUCCGGCCCCCUUCGCCGCGCUCCUCAUCUGCCCCGCGCCGAGCGCUGCCGCCGCCGCCGCCGCCGCCGCUCCGCUGCCCGCGCCGCCCGCGGCUCCCGAUGGAGACUGACGCGCCCCAGCCCGGCCUCGCCUCCCCGGACUCGCCGCACGACCCCUGCAAGAUGUUCAUCGGGGGACUCAGUUGGCAGACUACGCAGGAAGGGCUGCGCGAAUACUUCGGCCAGUUCGGGGAGGUGAAGGAGUGUCUGGUGAUGCGGGACCCUCUGACCAAGAGAUCCAGGGGUUUCGGCUUCGUCACUUUCAUGGACCAGGCGGGGGUGGAUAAAGUGCUGGCGCAAUCGCGGCACGAGCUCGACUCCAAAACAAUUGAUCCCAAGGUGGCCUUUCCUCGGCGAGCACAGCCUAAGAUGGUGACUCGAACGAAGAAGAUCUUUGUGGGGGGGCUAUCAGUGAACACCACGGUGGAAGAUGUGAAGCAGUAUUUUGAGCAGUUCGGGAAGGUGGACGAUGCCAUGUUGAUGUUUGACAAAACCACCAACCGGCACCGAGGGUUCGGGUUUGUCACAUUUGAGAGUGAGGACAUCGUGGAGAAAGUGUGUGAGAUCCACUUCCAUGAAAUCAACAACAAAAUGGUGGAAUGUAAGAAAGCUCAGCCAAAAGAGGUGAUGUCGCCGACGGGCUCAGCCCGGGGGAGGUCCCGAGUCAUGCCCUAUGGAAUGGACGCCUUCAUGCUGGGCAUCGGCAUGCUGGGUUACCCUGGUUUCCAAGCCACAACCUACGCCAGCCGGAGUUAUACAGGCCUCGCCCCUGGCUACACCUACCAGUUCCCCGAAUUCCGUGUAGAGCGGACCCCUCUCCCGAGCGCCCCAGUCCUCCCCGAGCUUACAGCCAUUCCUCUCACUGCUUACGGACCAAUGGCAGCAGCGGCGGCGGCAGCAGCUGUGGUUCGAGGGACAGGCUCUCACCCCUGGACGAUGGCUCCCCCUCCAGGUUCAACUCCCAGCCGCACGGGGGGCUUCCUGGGGACCACAAGCCCUGGCCCCAUGGCCGAGCUCUAUGGGGCAGCCAACCAGGACUCGGGGGUCAGCAGUUACAUCAGCGCUGCCAGCCCCGCCCCCAGCACCGGCUUCGGCCACAGUCUUGGGGGCCCUUUGAUUGCCACAGCUUUCACCAAUGGGUACCACUGAAGCAGGAGACAGGUGGCAGGAGCGCCCCAGCCUGCAGCUGACUGAGGACCACAGUGAGCCAGCGAGGGGGCGGGGACACCUCAGCCGCAGCCGCCGCCCCCUCCCCCGCAGCGACUCGGACCGCUACUGCCUGCCCCCAACUCCCUGGGCCCGGCCCCUGCCCUGCUGCCCCGGACAGCGUCUGGCUCCCCUACUAACCUCCCUCUCUUCCGCCCUUGGCAUCCCUCCCCACCUGCUCCUCUCCUGCCCGCUUUUAUUUAUUUUGGAUUAGCCGGUUGCCCCACCCCCACCCCUCUGGUUCUCCCCUCUCAGGUCUGCGCCCCUUCCUCCCUGCCCCUCCCUAUAGGACCCUCCCCCCCCAGAAGGCUUUUGUAUUUGUGCAUAGCUAGAGUGAGGGCGGAGGGGGUCUGCUACAGGCCGCAAGCCCUACGCUUGUUUUUUAUUCUGAUUUCCCCUCCUUUUCUCUUUCCUUUUUUUUUUUUUUUUU